GCACACCGAGCGUGAGAGAGAGCACAAGUGAAGACAGUGAGUGACCUCGCUUAACCACCUUAACUGCACCCGCGCUGCAGAUUAACACCGCCGCAGCCCCUGAAGGAGCCACGCUGCUCCUGCUGUCGCCUCCCCUCCCAAACACAUGAAGGUGGGACGAUAUGGAGGAGCGGGAGGAGGAGGGGUUGUUUGAAUAUCAUGAUGAGGAAAUUGAUAUACAAACUGUCUCAGAGGGAGGGAAGGGUCAGCCCUAAAGGCACCCAGAGGGUGAGGUACAGUAGGAGAGUCGUGGUCACACAGCGGAGGUGCGAUUAAUUUAAAUCAGAAGCUCUGGCAGGCAGACGGUUAAGAGGAGGAGGCCAGUCUGCGGUUGGUUUCCACUGGGUGCACUGGACAUGGUGAUAAACUGGUGAUGAGCAUGAAUUUGACUGCAUAGAGUUGCUUGGCUGGAUUGACAAGGAUACUGAGUAAACCUUGAUGUGUAUCCUGCAGAGUGAAGAGACAAAAAGGUAACUGUGACUGAGAGAUGGAUAAUCAAGACAAAGGAGGAGGUAAAGGAGGUGAAGAAGGAGGAGGGCAACGAAAAGAAAAACAGAAAGUCGAGGAGGCUGGUGAUGAAGAUAAGCGGACCAAAGACAAGCACAACAAGCUGGAGAAGGAGAAGGAGCCAAGUGGAGAGUCCAAGAAGGAGAACCGUCGAGGUCAUUUGAAGAGCGGUUGGGCUCUGACUGAACGCCUGGCCAUCAAUGUGUCAGGGAUGCGUUAUGAGACCCAGCUCCGAACCCUCGCCCAGUUCCCCGACUCCCUUCUGGGUGACCCCCGACGUCGUCAUCGCUAUUUUGACCCCUUGCGGAACGAACUCUUCUUAGACAGGAGCCGUGUCUGCUUCGAUGCCAUCUUGUACUUCUACCAGUCGGGCGGGAGGCUGCGAAGGCCUGCAAAUGUCCCUCUGGACAUGUUCCUGGAGGAGCUGCACUUCUACCAGCUGGGAGAGGAGAUCAUUGACCGCUACAAAGAGGAUGAAGGCUUCCCCAAGGAGGAGGAGAGGCCCUUACCCAGCAAUGAGUUGCAGCGCCGCCUUUGGAUGCUAUUUGAGUGUCCGGAGUCGUCUGGAGGAGCUCGGAUCAUUGCCAUCAUCAGCGUCAUGGUCAUUGUUAUCUCCAUUCUUAUCUUCUGCCUUGAGACUCUGCCUGAGUUCAGGAAUGAGAAGGAGCAGAGGGAGCAAUUCACCAUCGUACCUCACCCCACCAUCGCAAAUGAAACCAUCAUGAUCCCCCCUGGCUUCACCCCCUUCCAGGACCCCUUCUUCAUCACAGAGACGAUCUGCAUCUGCUGGUUCUCAUUUGAACUCAUCGUGCGAUUCGCCUGCGCCCCGAGCAAGACGCACUUCUUCAAAGACGUCAUGAACACCAUCGACUUCUUCGCCAUCAUUCCCUAUUUUGUCACCCUGGGCACGGAGCUGGCCAGGGACAAAGGUGCACAGCCAUCUGUGUCUCUUGCCCUCAUCAGGGUCAUCAGGCUGGUGAGGGUCUUCAGGAUCUUCAAGCUCUCUCGGCACUCUAAAGGCCUCCAGAUUCUGGGCCAGACGCUGAAGGCCAGCCUCAGAGAGCUUGCCCUGCUCAUCUUCUUCCUCUUCAUUGGAGUCAUACUCUUUUCUAGUGCGGCCUACUUUGCUGAGGUGGACAGUCCUAACACAGCGUUCACCAGCAUCCCUGAGGCAUUCUGGUGGGCUGUGGUAUCUAUGACGACAGUCGGCUAUGGGGACAUGUACCCCGAGACGGUCGGGGGAAAGUUGGUGGGCUCCAUGUGCGCCAUCGCCGGCGUGCUCACCAUCUCUUUGCCAGUGCCCGUCAUUGUGUCCAAUUUCAGCUACUUCUACCACCGCGAGACGGAGUGUGAAAUCACUACCCAGUACCAGCAUGUCUCCACAUCGCUCUGGGAAAAGGACGGAGAGGGCGAUGACGAGGAUGAGGAUGAGGAUGAGGAAGGAGCGGAAGAGUUCCCUGAUUACAUGGGAGAGUAUGCACCCCUUUACGGGCAGGAGAGUAGGGGUAUCUGCCCGCCGCUCAAUGGGACUCUCCUGGCAGGGCUUUGUCCCGGACAGGUUGCUGGUGAUCUGAGAGGGAUGAACUUCUACCUUAAAGAACCACUGGUCACUCAGGUUUGAGAGAAAGCACGAUGGACUGUUGGGUGUUUUCAGAUUAACACUAAAACACUGUCUGCCUCACAUCAAGAUAAGGAGAGUAGAUGGAAAGAUACUUUGCAACUAGAUGGCGAUGGUGGUGAUACAGGACAAUAUGUACACAAAGACUUGCACUGACAUAAGCCUUAAUUUGUGCCUCUCAUGUGAACAUGUUUUUUUUUUUAGAUUGGCGGCUUGUACAUGAUUGUACUGGAGUAACAGAUAAAAAGAAAGCAUGUCCAUCCAUUCAUUCAUUGUCUACUGCUUAUCCGGGGUCGGGUUGCGGAGUCAGCAGGCUAGAGUAGGUACGGCAUCCCAGACAUCCGUCUCCCCAGCAAUGCUUUCAAGCUCCUCCUGGGAGGCCCCGAGGUGUUCCCGGGUCAGAUGAGAUAUAUAAUCGCUUCAGCGGCUUCUGGGUCUGCCACAGAGUCUCUUCCCAGUGAGUUGUGCCCAGUAAACCUCCAAAGGGAAGCAUCCAGGAGGCAUCCUAAUCAGACGCCUGAUCCACCUCAGCUGGCUGCUUUUGAAGCAAAGGAGCAGCAGCUCUACUCCGAACUCCCCAGGGAUGCCAGAGCUCAAGGGCUGAGCCCAGCCAUCAUAUGGAGGAAACUCGUUUUGGGAAACAGUGUUGCAUUAGCAUAUGUAGCAGUGUUCUUUUCCGGAACUGGCAGAGUGACAGUGUUCAUUAGCAGGGUUACAAAACUACUUUUGGUGACCCCUUCAAGAAUUGCUUUUGAGACAGUUUAUUUUCCCUCCAAAGUUAAUUGGCUCAAAUACAAAAAUUCUUCCAUCCAUCUACUGCACAAUAAACAUAUUUUGAACUACUUACCAAGUUGCAACUCUGUUUUUUAAACCAAACAAACAUGGCAGCCAAAAGUGACAUAGCCUACUGGGCCGGGAAAAUAAGACUUACUCAGACAUAUUAAGAUGGUAUAAAGACUUCAGGUAAAUAUUUAAUUUCCAUUUACCUUAAAAAUUCCUGAAAUUGGGAAGAAAAAUGGUACUAAAUCUACAGAAUCUUGGAAUUUCACUGGAAAUAAUCUACAUUUAAUCCCAUGUAAACACUCAGUCAUAUUUAUUUAUUAUUGACAACAUUGUAUUCCCUGGCUGCUUUGUAUGGAUAUAUUUUCCAUGAAUAGCUAGAUAGAUCUCCUGCACACUGUAUCUCUUGGCUACACUGACAAUAUAUUUAAAAUGCAAUUGCUGAAAGUGUGCCAGUUAUACAGAAUUUUCCUAAAUGUUUCCAACAGAUCUUAACUGGCCAUGGUGGUUGUUUACCUCCUAUGUCAUGGCGUCUCCAAACUACGUCUUUUUUUUUUUUUUUUUAAGUUCAAAUCUUCCAGCCGCCAUUUUUGCUCAAUAAAAGAGUGCAACAUGGAGAGCAGGUUAAAAAUCUUUUUUACUGUGCAAGAGAAUGUCUUUCAUCACAGCUGAGCACAGGAAUAUUCAAGGGAUGUCAAAACAGAGAAAAGUUUUUGUGAAGUUUUAUCUUUUUGCUCAUCUUACCUGCAAGUAAUCAUCCAAAAACUCGUAAAAUCGUAAAAAGGAAAAACACACAAGAGGCAAAAACUUGGGUCACACAGACACCAAAACUCAAUGUAAAUGACUAUAAAGAGAUGCUGGACAGAUACUUCAGAGACAUACAACAUUUGUAUCAUCCCUGUCAACCGUUUGCUGAGGUCACUGUUGCUCUAACAUGUCACCGAACACGACUCGUGCUGCAUGCUGCUAAUGCACAGUGAAUCUUGCAGGUGUUGGUUCACUGUACUUGUCAGAGUCAUGGCAGAAAUGCGGUGCUGUAAUCUCGUGCUGACAUGGACACAAAGAGAUUAAUCAUCGUCUUCCGCGGUCAUGUAGUCGCAGCAAAGCCAGUUUGUAUGUCACAUAGUUACACAGGGAAAUAGAGACAUGAAUGUAUGGAGGAAGCUGAUAUCGUGUCAGAGACGGUAAAGCUCAGGGUCAGCUGACAUUUCACAGAGACCUUAUACACUGAUGGUCUGAGGCAACACCAGUCACUACUGUAAACUAAAGUUAGCGACAUUGGUGGUAGCGUUGUUGCUGCUCUGAGUCGUUUGGAGUCUUUUCACACACAUUUAUCUCACUAACUAUUAAUAAAUAAAUGGUCAGUUCCUUGAUGUAUGUGUCUGACUGAAAUGUUGUUCACGGUGUAAUCCAGUUGUGGCAAAGCAUUUCUUUGAUUCAUUCUGUCACUAUGAGAAAUUUAAGUUUAACUUAAAACAGUUUUCUCAAUAGAAAUUCUGGAAAAUUAAAGGUGCUAUUUGUAAGAAUAUUUUUGAGUCAAAUACUGACACGUUGGGAACGUGGGUCGGGCCGGCUGCUACCCACUGUAUCAGUAUUUGACGAGUUGGGAAUAAGAAAAAAAGGAACUUUUCUUACAAUACUGACCUUCAAAAUAUAAUAACAAACUGUAAUAUAUCAGUUCAGUGGCAUAACAUGGAAGAUCAUACAUCAGAUUCAACCAUUUUUGUCAAAAUCUGGAAGAAACUGAGAAUGUGGAUAAGCAACAAGAGUUUUUAUGGAGAUUUUAAAAAUCACUCUUUUAGUAAAUUCUUGUCACUGCUGGAAUUAACACUUGUGAAGAGUUAAAACAUAGUAAAGGAACAUACUUUUAUAAGUGGUGUGAAUGUAGUAUGAGCUGUGUUUAUUCCAAAGACACAUUAAGCUGCGUAUAUGUACGUUUAUUUAUGUCUUACUUAAUUUAAUAAAGAUCAUAUUUAAUCACUCAUGUCAUGGAUUUCUGGAUACCUUAGAAUGUGAUGAUGUGUGCACGACAUGAGUCGUGUGCACAGUAUUCUCAGAGGGUGGUGCACACUGCAUACUCUGUUAGUAUUAUGGUCAGGAAAGCCCUGAGGAGAGGAGAGUCAGUCCACAUUUUUAUUGCCCUCUGCUUCAUGUGAUGAGUGAUCCUGCCUCUAGAUGUCAGACUCAGUUUAAAACACAAACCAGGACAUCUGUCUCACUCCUGCUACCAGUGGACUUGAUUUACAGUACUUCAGAGUAACCGAACGCUACAGUUCUCUUCUUGAAAUGAUCAUGUUCAUUCGUGCCAUAUGAUCCAUAUGAAUUACGUUAUGUUAUCUGCAUUCCUCUC